CAAAAAAAAAAAAAGAUAAGGAGAAAUUCUGCCCAGAGCUGGGGUAGAGGGUCUUCUCCAAACAUAUCUGGGGAGUUUGGGCCUUUAUGCCACCACAGUGUACCUUAAAGAUUGCCUGAUGUGAACUCACUCUUGCUACCAACUCAAAAGUGAGUUGGGAAGACUUCCAACUAACAGGUUUAUCUAAAACGCUGCAGACACAGUUACAACAGAAAACAGCUGCUUUCAAGUCCGCUCUUCCAGAGUUCAAGUUUUAUACGAUUGCACAAUGUCACCUGCUCCGGACCUCUUAACCUCUUAACCUCCUAUCAAGCAAAACAUGAGUCCAGCUCAGAGGUCUGUCCACAUAUUCGAGAUUCACCAUGCAACACAUCCUUCAUUUCCCUUCUUCCUCAUGACUUAUCAGUGCAAGAAUUUUGGAAAGUUGUAUACAGAUAAGGCAAAAGAAGUUUGGAAUUGUAUGCACCCUUGAGAGGUGAAUCCUAGCUUUCACAAAUAGCUUCACAGAGCCCACUUUCUCUGCUAAGGAUAUCAUUUUUUAUUCAUUUAUGUCCCACCUUUCCCCUACUCUGAGAAGAUAAGUGAUUUCUUGAAGUGAGUGUAUCAUAAUCGUUAAAGAGGGCAAACACUCAUUGAAUAAAUAAGGUCCAGCUUUGAGAGUAGAAAUUAAAUGUUCUCUGUCCUUUUCAGGGACACGUGGCCAUCAGGAAUAAUGAGCAACCCAUUUGCACACCUCGCUGAGCCUUUGGAUCCUGCACAACCAGGAAAGAAAUUCUUCAAUUUGAAUAAAUUGGAGGAUUCAAGAUAUGGACGACUACCAUUUUCUAUCAGAGUUCUCCUGGAGGCAGCCAUUCGGAACUGUGAUCAAUUUUUGGUGAAGAAAAAUGAUGUUGAAAAUAUCCUAAAUUGGAAUGUCAUGCAGCAUAAGAACAUAGAAGUGCCGUUUAAGCCUGCCCGCGUCAUCCUGCAGGACUUCACGGGUGUGCCAGCUGUGGUUGACUUUGCUGCCAUGCGUGAUGCUGUGAAAAAGUUAGGAGGAAAUCCAGAGAAAAUAAACCCUGUCUGUCCCGCUGACCUUGUCAUUGAUCAUUCCAUCCAGGUUGAUUUCAGCAGAAGGGCAGACAGUUUACAGAAGAAUCAAGACUUGGAAUUUGAAAGAAAUAGAGAACGAUUUGAAUUUUUAAAGUGGGGCUCUCUGGCCUUUCGCAACAUGCGGAUUAUUCCUCCUGGCUCAGGAAUCAUCCACCAGGUGAAUCUGGAGUAUUUGGCAAGAGUGGUAUUUGAUCAGGAUGGAUAUUAUUACCCAGACAGUCUUGUGGGCACGGAUUCGCACACUACCAUGAUUGAUGGUUUGGGCGUUCUCGGUUGGGGUGUGGGUGGUAUCGAAGCAGAAGCUGUCAUGCUGGGCCAGCCAAUCAGCAUGGUGCUUCCCCAGGUGAUUGGCUACAGGCUGAUGGGAAAUCCCCACCCCCUGGUAACAUCCACUGACAUCGUGCUCACCAUCACCAAGCACCUCCGCCAGGUUGGGGUAGUGGGCAAAUUUGUCGAGUUCUUCGGGCCAGGGGUAGCCCAGUUGUCCAUUGCCGACCGAGCUACAAUUGCCAACAUGUGUCCAGAGUAUGGAGCCACUGCUGCCUUUUUCCCGGUUGAUGAAGUCAGUAUCAAGUACCUCGUGCAGACAGGUCGUGAUGAAGAAAAAGUAAAGCAUAUUAAAAAGUAUCUUCAGGCUGUAGGAAUGUUUCGGGAUUUCAGUGACCCCGCUCAAGACCCAGACUUUGCCCAGGUAUGAGAGUGCCUUUCAUAAGGUCAUGAUAAAGGAUUAGAGAAUG